AUGCAAAUUCACGUACUGUUAUCGAUUUGCUUUAUUGUUUUCUUGGCAGGUGUUAGAGCAGCACCUACUUCUGCUACUCACCCACCUCCUGAUGACUAUUCCAAGCCGAAACAACACGCUGCGCUUCUUCGCGAUGGACCUUUAGGAACGGAGGUUGGCUUGAUAGGAUCAUCAAAAGGAAAUUCAGGUAAAGGUUAUUCACUUAUUCGUGGAAAAGUACAAGUAGGUGAAAAGAAGAAAAAUACGAUCAUACGUGAAUUAGGAGAAGAAGCAAAAUAUUCCGAAAAGAAUAUUCAUUUUAAAUCGGACCGUGUGAAAAGCAAAGGUGCAAAUGGUGUAAAAGCUGAAGGUUACGCAAUUCAUCUUAAAGCAGGAGCAAAACAAGAUAUGAAUGGCGAAAAUAGACAAUUGAAAUUCGUUCAUCAUUCCCAAGUUGGAAAAUAUUUAAAAAAACCUGAACAAAAGGCACUCUAUCAAGAUAUGCAAAAACAAAAUUUGAUCAAGAAUAGAACUAGUCCGCCUAGAAAGCCAUUGGAACGAUCUACUUCAAUGAAUUCUGCUACAACUGCAAAGACUUCACCGACUCGUCGUUUAGGUCGAUCUCUAAGCGGAAGACAUCGUUAA